GCGUCACGCACGACGGACUAAGCGAAAGAGGGACUACUCGUAGUCUACAGAUCUAGAGUCAAGGGAGUCAUUUUUAUAUUUUCCCUUCAAAUUCCGAGUUACAGUUAUGAAUGGAAUAUACUCUAGUCAAACAACAACAACAACAACAGGCUUUUAACAAAAAUAUUUUUACAAAGUUAAAGGGGAAAUAAAGAUUUUUGUUGUUGUUUAUAACACUACAGUAUCCUGAAAAUAGGUGUGAAAAAGCUGAGCUACACGCCAGCUUCCCUCUCUUCAUCUAUUUUCACAAUAGACGUCAAUCGAGUUACGUUCGAUUCGUUAUCUUUUACAGCUGCUAUCAACAGAAAUGCCAUAACCUCUUAUUUAUCAGCUCGUAUCGAAAGACAACUGACGCUUUGUGGAUCUUUGUAGAAAUUUAAUGACCAGAAACACGCGUGAGAACCCAGAAUGUGUGACACACCCACAAUACCCAAGCCAGUAUGAAGUAUUUCUCUCACGCCCCAAGCUUAUGGUGUAAAUUUCAAUAAAACGUUUGUUGCCUAUAGUCGAGAUAAGUGUGACUCCAAAACCUACAAAAACCAACUUCCCUCCAACAAACGUCUCCCGGCCGUUUUGUUUUAUCCAGCCAAGCCGAUGCUUAUCUCUUGUUUGCGUGGCAUGAAGCGACUAGGAGUAUUUCUACUCCCCUGGAUAGGUUACUGGUCUAUUGCAGGGUUGCCCCCAGCAUUAAAUCUGCCAGUACUCGUUCAUACAAUCAUGCAACCACCGACCGGCUCCACAGUUCGUCUUAUUUACUAUUUAUUUAUUUUCUUUUGUUUUGUUUGUUUGUUUGUUCUUUUUUUGAGAGAGAGAGUCGAGCCCAUGAAUUCGAGCUAAUACGGUUGAAACAGCCAAUUUCUGGUUUGUAACUUGAGCAAUUAAUAAUUAAAGUACUUGUCCGGUUCCGAAUAAGCACUCUCUCUUAAUGGCCUGCAUACAUUUCCCUCCCGCACACAAACACAGGAAGUCUGGCCCGAGCGGAAGCGCUAGACCGGAACAAUCCCUUGCGGGCUUGCAGAUGUUGUCUUUGAGAGCCGUAAAGCAAUAUGGCGGCUAAUGCAAUGGAAACCGAUGAACUAGGCCAUUUACCUUCGAGUACGUUACGGAGAUCGAAUUCUGCGCCUAAUGUUAGUGCUGCUGUGGUAAGCGAUCCUAUUCCCAUAUUUCAGCCACUACAGACUGCAAGGCAGCGACGUUUCUCUACAAGUCAAAUGGCUGUGAAUGUUGGAUCUCCUGCGUCAAGAAUAGCACAGAUCAAAAGGGAAGAAAGCAUGGACGAUGCCAGUCGUGAAAGACAAGUAGAAAGUGAACUUUUUCUCACAAUUGGAAUACACGAGAACAUGACAUUAAUGUCUUCUUAUAUGCUACUCAUUUCUUCAAUCCUCUACAAACUAUGUUUGACUAUUAUUCUUAAUAAUGUUUUUCAGGGGGUUAGAAAUGCCAGAAGUCUUACUCCUAGUCCAGUACCCAGUCCUACUCGAACAACGUUCACACGGAGAAGUCUUAGUCCUGUUUAUUUUCGACCAAGUACCUUAGCAGUGAAAAGAAAAUGUCCAUCAGAAGGUUUUGAGCCAGGUGUCAGUCCAUCAAAGCGUCUCUGUGAUGUUUCACCCCUAAACUGUUCAUCUGACAUUCCAUGCGAAUCAGUUCACCUUAAUUUUGAUGAUGACAAUCACUUACAUGAAGAUCCUCAUAGCUCCUCAGCAUCUGAUUCAUCUUCAUCAUCAUCAUUAUCUGCCACUCCCAUGCUCCUUGGCGAAAUACAAAGACAUCCUUUGCCUAUUUAUCGAUCAAAAUUUACCCCACCAAGGUCACCUCUGGCUGGUCCAUCCACAACACAAAGUCAUCCCAGGAGUAUAGGAACCUCCGCAUCAUGUUUCACAUUUGCUCCUGUCAAAGAUUGAUGAGUGCUCAUACCGAAAGGUUUAUUUUUCUAUUUCAGACAAUUUACAGACAGUAUUUUAGAACUUUAUACCAGACAAAAUGAUAUAAUCAUUUUGAUAAUGGCAUUAGAUAUAUAUUAGGGAGAUUUGCCAUGUUGUACAUAUACAUAAAGUUACUGAGCCAUUUAGGUAGUAACACCUAGUUCUGUAUUGCUUUCAUACUUAUAGUGAACUUAGAAAAGGAAAAAAAAAACAAAUCAACCAUGAAUGGAAUUACAUUUGAAUUAGUUUUUUCUCUCAGUCUUAUUUGCACCACUAGUUAACCAAAACUUAACAACUUGCUGUAAUUAGUUUUUAGUUUUUGUUGCAUUGAAUAUGAAAAGCAAACAUUUAAGGUCAAUAUGCUACUGAGGACCUAAAAAUGUUUUGAGCGGACAUCUGAUCUUUUAAAACUAAACAAAAUUAUUAAGCAAACAAGCAAACACUCUUUAGAACAGAAAGUGUCCUCAUAGGAGAGAUGGUCACCUCUGGAAGAUAAAAUGUUUGUCUCAAUGUGGCCACGAUGAUAACUUACAAUUUAGUGUUUCCAAGUUGAGAGAUGUCUGCCUGUAAGUGUAUAUGGUUGUCGGAUCAUUGAUUUCAUGUGAUAUUCAUUUGUAUUGAUGUCAUUUCUUUUUUCUGUGACCAUUACUACCCUCUAUAUGUUGGUUCCAUUCUGUGGUACUCUACAAGUGGCAUAUUUCAUGUUUCCAGUUACUUUGCCACUUUGCUCUCUCCCAAAAACUUCCCCUUCUCAGCAAGCGCAGGGGUUAUAAGGCGAGCAAUAACAAAAUUUUGCAACUCUGAUGAAGGUGGACAGAGGCCACCGAAAAUUCAGUAAAGAAAGAUCAUAGAUUGGAUUAUGAAGAAGUGUAUUAUAAGAGAAGGCCCUGCUAUCAGUACAUUAAACUAAAGUUAUUAACUUUAGUUUGGUUACAAAACUUUCACUAAGUGCAAAGAACAUUAAGUUAACAUACUGUAGGAGACUUGAGUUUUUUACCAAUUUAUCUGUUUCCCUUGUUGUUGGGUGGUAAUGGUCACAAGGGAUUUUGGUCUUGUCAUGUGGUGGUCAUCACUACAUGAUCUCCAAAUAUCUACAUGUACUGGUAAGAGACAAUGUUGUGUUUGACCAUCAAGUGACGUUAUCAGUCAUGCCAGAAAAAAAUAUUAUAUCAAUUGUAGAUACAUGGACAUUUUUGAAAGUGGCUGUAGUUAUUUAUUUAUCAUUUUGUAGGCAGAGGUAUAAAAUUAACAUAAAUUGAGUAGUUUUCAUUAAAAAUAUAGUUAUAGUUUUAUUAUUUGGCUGCAAAUAAUUAGCUUGCUAUAGCUGGACAGGAAAACAGAAAGCAGAAGACAAAUCCUUUGUGAAUUUCUUGCCCAAAAAAGUUUGGCAGACCAGUCUGUCUGAACCCAAUCCUUGAAUCAUGGUUUACAGAUUUUUGUAGUUUCCAAACACCCACAUGUUUGCAACAUUAUGUAACAGAUAAUAUAUUUCUUUUUAUGCUGUGCUAAAAUUUAAGGUUUUAUAAUUUAAAUGAAACAAUUUGAAUAAUGUGUAGUCAAUGCGUCUAACAUAUAAUUUUAUUAUAACUUCCGGCAUGACCAGGGGCUCAGUAAACUAUUUUAAAUUUACUAAAACUACUAAAAAAAAGUUUGGUUCUUUUUCUUACUUUUCUGUUGAUUAAUUAAUCCUUGAAACAUGCAUAAUUGAGCACUAUGUCUGGAUCAUAUGAUUUUAGGAGGACCAAUUUGAAAAAGUGCUCAGUUUCAAUCAGGAGAAAACAACUAUUUAAUAAUAAUUUUUGUUGGACGUCCCUUCUUUGAAAGCAUUUGUUGUUACAUAAAGUACAUUGGAAACAGCAUCAAACUUGAUAGAAACCAACAUACAAACUGAGUAGUACCCACAAAAUCUGUGAAACACUGUGCAAAGGAAGGUUGUUUUCCCAAUGUUUUUCUGUUUGACCUUGUUCCUCAAAACUGCCAUUUGUCAAUCAGUAGAUUGCUGGACAGGUGGAACUAAUCAGAUUGUUAAGUUUUUAACGGUUACACUAAAAUCCAUUGGGGAAAAGUUGUUGAAACAUGAUCCUGAUAAAUUGCACACAGGAUGUUUGGAUUUGUAAAUCCUUGUUUGGAACUAACAGCUCUAAGAUGCUUUCUCAAGGCAUUGAUGGGAGACUGUUAAAUGCCUUUUUGUUGUGUUGUAUAUGUAUCAUGGAAUUCUUGAGUCAGUCAGUGGGUUGAAACUGUUGAAAACUGGUAGUAGUCUAAUAAAAUAUUGUAUUUCAGUAACUGUAGAUCAGUUAAUUUGCCAGUGUCUUAAUGUACCUGUAUUGUUUUAGUCUGCUAAAAGAGUACUACUAAGAGUAGCUUGUUAGCCAGAUUUCAAAUCAUUUGGGGUUCCUCAGGUGUGAAUAGCAUCAGUGCGAGUGGGAAGCCAUAUUAAGAGGACAGGGGUGCUCCUCGUACCUUUUAGGAGUAAAACAAGUGGAUUUGGUACCUCUUAGGGUACGUGUUUAGGCUCAAAAGGUCCACAGUGGG